GAGGGAGAGAGAGAGAGAGAGAGAGAGAGAGAGAGAGAGAGAGAAAGUGAGGACAGGAAACAUUGACGCACAUCUGCACCACCGACAGACGGACGGACGGACGGACGGACGCACGGCCACUUGUUCACGUCUCGCCGGCCGGAACCUCCGAAGCAGGUUGAAAAAAACAGCCACGAUGAGGACAACCUGCGUGUUCACGCUCACUGUUCUGCUUGCAACAGUUGUGUCAGUGUCUGGCAAGGUCAACGAGGAAACCAUAAAACUGUUCCUCGGCGAGGAUUUCCACAUCCUGCUGCACGCACGCGGGCUGGAGGUGACUUUUCGCCCGACCCCGCGCUCACGCGAAGUGGUCCUGAUGCGAGGCGGCCUGGUGGUGGGCAACAGGGCCAAGAUGAACAAGCACCUCAGCCACCUGGUCGUCAACUCGCUGAGCGAGGGGGACGAGGGCGUGUACACGGUGAAGAACCCCGACAACCCCGAGGACGAACGGACUAUCAACCUCUUCGUUCGAGAUUGCUACAACGAGCAGACGGUGAAAUACGGAGAAAACUACCAGAUUCCGCUGUUGGGGCUGACGCCACCCAUCACUCUGGAGCACAGGUCCAGUGCGGAGGAGGCCAACUUGACAUCCAGACCGGCCCUGGUGCUGCUGACGAGCACGGGCAUCGCCCGGGACAGCCACCGGGGUCGCAUUAGCGUUAGCGACAACCAUGUGGUCCUGAGGUCGGUGACGGGGGCCGACGAUGGCAGCUACACUGUGAGGGACGCUCCGGGCGCCAUCCGGAUCAAAAUCUGUCUUCAAGUCAUUGAGCACCAGUACUUUGUCAGCCUGCAUCACGGCGAACGCCUGAAGGUCAACCUAAUGUUCAACAGUUCCUUGGUGCACCUCUACUACAGCGCAGACACGGACCACCAACUGCGCCUACUCAUGGAUCAAGGAGAAUUCACCGAUGCCCAAACAAAGCUAGGCUUUGAAGGUCGGCUAUCCACGGCGGGUUCUCUGGUCUUUCUGGAUAAGGUCAAGCGCUCUGAUGAAGGCCUGUUCAAAGUCACCGACCUACAGGGAUUCCCUGUGUCUAUCUUCCACAUGAAACUCAAACCCUACAAGCUGGACUCCAUCUACGUGGCCAUCAUCGCCUUACUGAGCUUGCUGGUCUUCCUCCUCCUGGCCUGCCUGCUGUCCUGCCUGAUCAAAGUUCAGAAGAGGGCCAAGAGGGCAGCCGCCUUGGAGAAGAUUGCCCAGAACGCUGGCAAGGAGGACGAGGGGGAGGCCUUCAGACAGGUGGUCAAGAACAUCACCAAGCUCAGUGAGGAGUCCAAGCAUUCGCAGGCUGACAACACCGAGAAAUCCCAGAGCACUGAGGUGGACAUUAAAGGUCUGGAGGUUUCUUCAAAGGAGGUCGGUAUUGGCAACCUGGACACCAGUGACUCCGGUGUUGGCUUUAACACCGCCCUCCCGCUUGACACUGACACCGAUGCCCCCGACCAAGUCCCCGACUCGGAGACCGUGAGCAUCUCCGUCGCCCCGGAAACUAAGUCAAGUGCUCCACCGCCGCCGGCCGAAGAAGUAAGGCCCAGUCCAGUAGCUGAAACCGAGCCAAGUGCUCCACCGGCUACGGAAAUAAAGUCUGAAACCAAAGCCGUCGAGACACCCCCUGCCCAGUCGGUGAACCUGGAUGUGCCCGAACCCGCCCACGUCAAGUCUAGUCCGGCCUCGAGCCCUGGAACCAAGAGCCCGGAAAGUCUGGCGAGUCCAGCUGAUCCGAAACCCGCCGCCGCCGCCGACAGCCUGGAGCCCAAGCCGGCCGCCCCGAAAGCCCCCACCCCAGCUACUGAACCCCAGAAGAUGUUUUCGUCCGCCACCGGUGUGGCCUACGAGCCUCACUCGCCCGAAGACCACAUUCCGUUCCUGACAGAGCCCAUCCUUAAUGGCACCCCCGAGCCAGGCCCAGAUCAAGCUGAUCUUAUUGGAGGUUCCUCUCUGUAAGUGGCGCCACCAAAAUCCCCGAAGUGGAUCCCAAAUGAAGCGGUGCUGACAGAGAUGAAGAUUCCACCACCAUCACCACCUGAGGACUGCGCCCCCACCACGCCCCGUCACAGUUCCCCGCCAUACACUUUAGACAAUCAAACCCCCUUUCCUCGAAUUGGGACCUUGGUUGGCCUCAUGGCUGAACAUUACCUAACCAUCCACAUUUUUUCUACCUAUAACCACCACGUAACAUCUUAGCUAUGUAUUUCUUGCAGCCUUUUAUUUGAUAAUUCCCUCCAACUGCCAGACUGCAACUGCAGAGUUUACAAGUAGAAACUCCACCCUAAGGUAUGUCUAACACCAAGUUGUGCUUUUCAUUACAUCAAUCGUAACAAUUUGGCCUCGCCGUCACUCUGCCUACACACGGAAUGCCUACGUACUUACUAGCAUGCAAAAAUAUGCAAAACUAACAACAAAAAUACUCCCAAACGUGAUGUCAAUCCCACGUUAACAUGUGAAAUGCAAUCACGUUUUAGAAAAGAAAAAAAAAACAGUGGGUUUUGUAUAACUUUAUAACAUCCACAGAAAAACUAAUCACGCUAGCGCCCUUAAUAGUUAAACCAGUGUUUCCCAACUUUUAUGGCGCCAAGUCACAUACUUUUAGAAAUGAACAAUAUUACCAGUGUAAUACAAUUAAUGUCAAGUGUAACUGGAGUUGAAAAUCAAAAGUAAAAAAGACUAUUAGGGAGAAACGCAGCGAUUUCCCAGUAGCUUAACAUGAACGCACACAACAUUGCGGAGCGACCACACUAAACAUCGUCAAAGAUGCCAGCUCCACCAAUUUUUAACACUGUGUCCGACUCCACAACACUUUAAUCCAAUUGAGGGGCAGUUUCCAUGCUGCUGUUUUAGUUAGCAACAGAGUUUAAAUGGGCCCAGCAGUUAGUCAGUAGCAUCUCUAAAAUGAAUUAAUAACUGUUUCUACCUUUUUUUUUUUUUUUUUUUGAUGUGAACAUUGGGGUGUUUAUUCAAGGGAAGCGUUUAUUAUUUAAGUGGGCAAUUAAUUAGGGCACAGUGUUGUACAGUAUGAUUAACAUUGAGAUGAUGACAAGUUUUUGGGAAUGCGACACUAAAAUUGGAUGGUGUUUUACUGCACCUAAUUCUCCAUAAAGGCCUGCUAUUCAAAUUAAAUCUUAUCCUAAACUGAUAAACUAUUUGGAAAGGUGAAGGCAAUUAAGUACAUUGUAGUAGCCAAUCAGGAGAGUCUCCUUUGCUUUUUUUUUUUUAAUGAAGGCAUGCUGUCCAGUUCACACAAAACUGCUGCGACCGCUCCCAAUGCUAACCUGUUUACACGCUUGCAGUUUUACUUUGCUGAAUUCUAAACCCCGCACCGUCUCCUGUAAGGAUGCCGAUUGGUCCGCUUAUUUUUUGUACGGUAAGUUAACACCAAGUAGGAAUUUGCUUCUUUUCUAUUUUGUUGUGUUAUAUAUUUGUUGCUCUUUGCUUCUAGCGUCCUUGAAAACUGCUUUAUUUUCCUCCCAAUGUCGGCAUGAAAGCAUUUCAAACUGCGGCUUGUUGCGCCAAAAAAUUUGAAUAGAAGAAAAAUUAUAGUAAAGUAGUUAUGAUCUUGAAGAAAAAACUAAUUUCAGAGUUGUAACAGUGUCUUGACUGCAUCAGUUGCCUUGCACUCCCUCCCAGCGAACACUGUGGGGCUGGAGGCCAGUCCCUGUGGGCACCAAAUUUCAAGAUUUGAAAAAUUCAUAGUAGAAGUAGCAGUAGUCAUGAUUUUAAAAAAUAUCUAGAAAUUUUAUAUACCGACGCUUUGACUGCAUCCGCCUGACCAAUAUAAUAGUCCCUGUAAAGAUAUUUGAGGCUCAACAGAAACAUGUAGCAGGUGCAACUCUUUGCCCUUGGCAGUUGCCUUGUGCCCUCUGGCAGUAGCGUAGAAUUGUGGGUCUGAGGUUGGGCCCUAUGGGCAUCGAACUUAAGGCCAUUUCACACUGCACUCAGCAGAGCACAGUGAGCUGUCAACUAACCCAUUCAUUGCGUAUGUGUUGCAAUGUGGGCAUUUGCUGUCACAGCACCAUUUGGUAAAUGUUUGAUUCGGGAGCAGCGUCGCUGUGACGUUAGACAGCAUAGCGAUUUCAGAGUGCUAACACUAAAAGAUUUUGGCCGACUGGAACAAUAAAUAGCAUGGAGAAAAUGAAGGAAGUAAUAAUAAAUCCGGUGUCCCUGUGUCUCGAGUUUGGGACACAAGAGAAAUGACAGUCUACUUCAUGUCCAAACCAAAGGGAAAAGCCUCCAGGCUACUUCCUGACAGGCCGCUAAGCAACCACUUCCAAAUAUGGGGGCCGUCGUCCCUGCGUCCUGCCCUGCGGUGAACAGCAAGAAAACCAAGUGCACUGUGAAAAGGCCUUUAGGAGGUGCAAAAUGUCAAGAAAUGUAUCAUAGAAUUAGUAGUAGUCAUGAUUUAAAAAAUCUACAACCACCAGGCCACCCAACCUGCUCCCACCCAACCCAUUUAAGACUUCCUGGAAAUGUAGGACGCAGAGUAAAAUAAAUUUGAAACUAAAACAUUGUAACAACAACAACAAAAAACUCAAAUGUAUCUGUCAGUGAGAGGUGCAGCGCCUCACCGAUGCCUCCAUACCUGACCGCCAACCUCUGGUUGGGAACCCCUGUCGUAAAUAACCUAUUUAAUGUCUUCAACGUGGUCUUGAACACUACCCCAACAUGACUUUGUUGUUCAGUCAACACAGAUGUGCGCAUGGUCUCACAUGUCCCUACCUCACGGAAAACCCUGAUUAACUGGAUUGGAUUAUUCAUAUUUAGAGUAAUAGGAGAAGCACAGAAAAGAAUCAGCCAUUGAAUGAAAGGCCAAAUGAUUACUGAAAUACAGAAUUGUUGUUAUAAUUAACAGGCCGUUACUGAUAUUGUACCUGACUUACACUAUAUACAGCUGAUAUCAGACAAUAGUCCAUACAGACAAUAUACAUUAAGCAAAAGCCAUGUAAUUGGAUUUAUAUUAGGAUUGAAAAAAGUAAAACACUUGAAAUCCAAUAAGUAUAAAGGUGCCUCUUUAGUUUAGUGGCCAAACAAACAGCAGCAGCAGUUGAGUCCUCGGUAAAUAUGCCUGAUGGGUUCCACUUAAACACACACGCGCGCGCGGACACACACACACACACACACACACGCACACGCACACACAAAACACUUGUAAAUAUUGCAUGUGUACGGCACUUAAUUAACCCUCUAAUUGACUUUUUAGUGUACGGAAUGGUUGUAUCAUACUAAACAAUAAAGACGACUAAUUUCACUUCCUCAGCAAUAUAUAUAUAUAUAUGCAUAUAUGUGUGUGUAUAUAUAUAUAUAUAUAUAUAUAUAUACACACACACACACACACACAGUGGCUGAAAUUAGUAUUUAACACGUCACCA